UUCAUCGGUGUUAUGUGACUGGAAACUCGCAGGUGAAUGUGUGUACACACAGAUGACGAACCACACACAAGCGCUUUGAAAUGGGAUGUUUCAUAGACUAAAGAUUACGACAAACGGAAUUUAAAUCGGAUUUCUAUAUCAUAUCAAAAGCAUGUCCGCUUUUGUGGCCCAUCCCUCGGUUCGUGUCAAAGGAACAGAACACACAUACACACCUGUGCUGUGUCAGGAUGAGAAGUGUUUAGGGCAGGAAAAAGGAGUGCACAUGCACUGCCCGCUCUGUUCUGUGGCCGAGGCUUACCAAGAUCUCGUCAUCCUGCGAGCUCACUUCCGCAUCAAACACGUGGACAAAGGCAUUGACUUUGCAGGCUUGAAGGUGCUGCGCUGCUGUAUCCAUUGUGAGAUCGUGGGCACUAUUAAAGGAGAAAAACGGUUUAAAGGUGCACACUGGCACUGUUACCGCUGUAGAAAUGGUUUCAACAGGAGGGACGAGGCCAUCAAACACUAUAAAACACACUUCCGAAAUCCCCACACCACAUUCCAGAUCCAAGUCACACAGAAUGUGAACUGCCGACAGUAUUAUGGUGAGAGCUCAGAGGCUCAUGCUAAAGCCUAUGAAGGGCUGGCGGUUAGUCUUGGACUGGGUGGAGAUGGCACUAGCAUUGGAUCCAUCCUGACCACUGGCACUGAAACCCUACUGACUGUGGAGCCAAAGGAAGACGGUGAGAGAAAUGGAAUCCCAUUAGGUGCUGAGGAAGAGGUGGGGUCUUCCCAGAAUUCAUCUGAUGGGACUCAGACACUUGUUCUUAUGGACCCUGAUGGACAGGGAAACAGUGUGAUCUUUGAUACCGCUACUGGUAUCCUCACUGAACAGGAGGCAGAAAGUUUGGAACAGACCCUGCUACAGAAACGACUCCUGGAGCUCCACCAGCAGAUCGACACACUACAUCAGGAGAAGGACAGUAUGGAGAAGACACUACGAGCUGAGAUUAAACAGCUCAAAGAACAGGUUGCAAGCCUGGUUCAGUCUAACGUAAGGAUGUUUGAGGAACUCCAAGCUUAUCAAUGUCCAGAUCACAGCCAGCAGAAGGUGGCCAAGCUUCUGGAAAACCUUGAAGCUCAGCACAAAGAGCUCCUGCAGGCCCAGCUGGCCUCACUCAGGAGGGCUAUCCUGUCAGGGGCAGAUAACAUGCCUAUCAAUGGCCACAAGGGGGCUCUGGAGCUCAAUGUAGAUUCAGAGGAGUCCCAAACUGAAGCCAUCAGUGGCACUUUAUCAGGACUGGAGGAUAUGGAUGUGCAACUACAAACUGAGCAACACAAAUCCACAGAGCUUGAACUAGUACCAGCCGAUACAAUUCCCUGUUUGGAGAGCCCCGGUUUGCACUUAGAUUUGCCAAACACUGGCUUGACUACAUCUAAGGUUUUAGAGGAUAAACGGGAAGUGUCAUUGUCCCUUGUGUCAUCUAAGAAGCGCAGCUCAGCGGAUGACUCAGAAGAGAUGACUGAAAGCAAAGUACAGAGAGUCAGCUGAAAAUGACUUGACAUUAAAAACAUACUCGUCUCCAUUCCUCAUUCUUAACAAAUUGCUGUUACCUUUCCCACACAUUUCCUGGUAAAAAAGAUAUACAGAGUGAUAUUUAUUCUGUAAUUUGGCAAAAUACACCUAAAAAAUUCCAUGUUCAAAUAUUUUUUACCUUUUCCAUGCUUAUGUAUAUGUUUAAUUGCUGGUUUUGUCAGUGCUUUCUGAUGAACUCGUAUGCUCUUGUCACUCAAAGAAUGUGUAGGAUUAAAGCAUAGGAUUUAUUUCUGAUGUUCUCUGAGCAUAAACAGAACCAUGUAGCUGAUCAUAAAUUCAUAAAGUAAAAAUUUUGUGAUGAAAUGUUAUG